AUGUUUUACGAGAGACAGGCAGUCGAGGGUCACGUUUAUACUGCCUACCGCCGCCGAGAUUUACCCACGCCAGGCGUAGACGCGUUAGCGGUCCCUACGAGAGUACGGGAAAAUUAUAGUGUGUCUGCAUCCAUACACCUGACACUUAUACCUAUCUCCACACCAUCUAUCUGUCUAUCUAUCUAUCUAUCUAUUUAUCUAUCUAUCUAUCUAUGGGUCACUCGCUCGUUUUGUAUUUGUUUUUCUUUCUUUCUCCUGUCCGACAAGGUUGCAGACAUUUUUGCGACAAUGGAUUUGCCUUCUUUCUUUCUUUCUUUCUUUCUUUCUUUCUUUAUCACCUCCAUCACAAUUUUAUACUUUCUUUUACUCAUUCAAACUAUUCUUCUUUCUUUCUUUCUUUCAUUUUUUCUUUCUUUCUUUCUUUCUUUCUUUCUUUCUUUCUUUCUUUCUUUCUUGCUUUCUUGCUUUCUCACUCUGUCCGGCUUACGCCCUCGCUUUCAUUGUUAUAUAACUUUCCCUUACUUCUCUAUUUUUUUUCUUUUCGGUCUAUGUUUUCUCUUAUUUUUCGCCUUUUCUCUUUCUUUUCUUUCCUUACUUGCUCUCUUUCUUCUUUAUUACAUUCCUCUCUCUGUUUCGCCUAACUUUUUCUCUCUUUCUUUUGAGCUGCCUUUUCUUUCUUUCUUUCUUUCUUUCUUCUUCCUUUUCUUUCUCUGUCUUUUCUCUCUGUUUCUCACUAUUUCGCCCCAUCUGCCUCUCUCUUUCUCUCUUUAUUUUUUCACUUUCUGUUUCUGGCUACGAAAAUUAUCUUAUUUUCAUUCAACGACGUCUUCUUUUCUUUUUUCACAACUUUUGCUUUUCUUUUUUCCUUAUAGGUCUCUCAUUAAUCUCUCUCUCUCUCUCUCACUCUCUCUCUCUGUUUCAUCUAUCUAUAUAAUUCUGUUCAGAUCUAUCUAUCUAUCUAUCUAUCUAUCUAUCUUGAUCAGAUAUAUCUAUCUUAAUCUAUUCAGAUCUAUGUAUCAAUCAAUUUCUUUACCUAACUCUUCUAAUUCUGUUCACAUCAAUCUCUCAAUAAAUCGAUCUCAUUUUGUUACGAUCUAUCUAUCUAUCUCUAUCUAUCUAUCUAUCUAUCUAUCUAUCUAUCUCACUCUGUUCCUAUCUAUUUAUCUAUCUAUCUAUCUAUCUAUCUAUCUAUCUAUCAUCUAUCUAUCUAUCCCACCUGUUCCCAUCUCAUCUAUCUAUCUAUCUAUCUAUCUAUCUAUCUAUCUAUCCCAUCUGUUCAUAUCUAUCUAUCUAUCUAUCUAUCUAUCUAUCCCACCCUGUUUCCUAUCUAUCUAUCUAUCUAUCCAUCUAUCUAUCUAUCUAUCUAUCCAUCUAUCUAUCUAUCCCACCUGUUCAUUUCUAUCUAUCUAUCUAUCUAUCCAUCUAUCUAUCUAUCUAUCCCACUCUGUUCAUCUAUCUAUCUCUAUCUAUCAUCUAUCCCUAUCUAUCUAUCCCACCCUGUUCCUAUCUAUCAUCUAUCUAUCUAUCUAUCCCAUCUAUCUAUCUAUCCCACUCUGUUCCUAUCAUCUAUCUAUCUAUCUCUAUCUAUCCCACUCUGUUCAUAUCUAUCUAUCUAUCUAUCUAUCUAUCUAUCUAUCUAUCUAUCUAUCUAUCUAUCCCAUCCCACUGUUCCCAUCUAUCUAUCUAUCUAUCUAUCUAUCUAUCUAUCUAUCUAUCUAUCCCAUCCUAUCUAUCUAUCUAUCUAUCUAUCUAUCUAUCUAUCCCACUCUGUUCCCAUCUAUCUAUCUAUCUAUCCCACCCUGUUCCUAUCUAUCUAUCUAUCUAUCUAUCUAUCUAUCUAUCUAUCUAUCUAUCCACUCUCUGUUCCUAUCUAUCUAUCUAUCUAUCCCACUCUGUUCCUAUCUAUCUAUCUAUCUAUCUAUUGUUAUCUUUUUCUUUUCUUUCCUAUGUCAGUAA